AUGGGGUCGAUGCGCGCCUCUCCCGCCGGACUCCUGCUGCUCGCCAUUGCCCUCAUCUGCGCAGUUCCGAUGAUGAAGGCAGCGCAUGGCGACGACACUGUGAGAAGCAUGACUCACCGCACGGCCCACCGCAGCAUGCUGAAAGAGUCGUAUGGAGCAGGAGAAGAGAAGAAUGCAGAAGACUCAUUGGCGGAACCAGCGAGCAGCAAGGUCACUGCGAGGGCUCGGGUGAGCUUCGGCAGCCAGCGCUGCGUGGCGGUGCCGAAAAAGGCGCGGGGGAAGAGCGCGCAGGUGUGGUGGAACGGCCCGGGGGGGUCGAGCAGCAAGGCGAAAGGCUUCGCUUGCUCGCAGAUCAAGUUCUUUGGGAAGGGUGGCUGCCACGGCAGGGAGCUUGAUAGCAUGGUCAACCCGGGCUCUACUACUGCCAAGUUCCCAAGCAACAAGAAGACGCUCAGCAAGUGGGCGCCACUGGCCUCGGUUCUCUGCACCGAUGCUCCCUGUGACGCGCUGGGCUGUCAACCGGGUGGCAAAUGCGUGGUGGAUGAGAACGGCGAGCGCUACUGCCACUGGGGUGAGUGA